UAGGGCUAUGAAAUAAAUGAGAUAUAUUUAACUAUAUUUGAAAAGCGUGUGCGAGCAGUAACUCACAAUAAUUGAUAACAAGAUGGCUCCUCUAUUUCGGUUAUGUCUGCUGCUUGUAGCGCUCUUCAGCGUUACUGCCACCAAUGAAGAGGGGACUGCAUGGCUCCAAGAGAACAGUCAAAAACCGGGUGUCAUCGUUCUCCCUUCCGGUUUACAGUACAAAGUGCUGAAGUCCGGAGAGCCCGAUGCUUUGAGCCCUAAUAUAACUACUAAGUGCGACUGUCACUACAGUGGUCGUACUAUUCAUGGCGUCGAAUUUGACUCAUCGUAUAAACGCGGAAAGCCUACCACCUUCGCACCGAAUCAGGUCAUCAAAGGCUGGACGCUGGCAAUGCAGCUCAUGCGUGAGGGGGACAAGUGGGAGUUGUAUAUCCCCUCAGAACUAGCCUACGGUGAACGAGGUGCUGGUUCCAAGAUCAAAAAAGGGGAGGCUCUGAUUUUCGAGAUGGAGAUCAUAAAAGUGCACAAGGAUGGUGUGCCAUUCACCGUUUUUGGCUACCCGAUCCUUGAACCGCGAUUCUGGCCGAUCCUAGUGGCAAUGGCUUUCUUACUCUAUAAAGUUUUCAGCGGACUGUUUUCUGGGCCAAUGCCUGGCGAAACAGUGUCCUUGACGGAUGCUGCAGAUCCCUCCAACCCUACCGUCUUCUUCGAUAUGACUAUUGAUGGCCAAGCGGCGGGACGUAUUGAAAUGGAAUUAUUUGCCAAAGUCUGUCCCAAGACAGCUGAGAACUUCAGAGCCUUAUGUACCGGCGAGAAAGGGGUUGGAAAACAGGGUGUACCUCUACAUUACAAAGGCUCUUCGUUCCACAGAGUUAUCCCUGGGUUCAUGUGUCAGGGAGGAGACUUCACUCGAGGCAAUGGCACUGGCGGAGAGAGUAUUUACGGCAACAGUUUCCGAGAUGAGUGGACUAACGGCGUGGUCAGGCACUCAGUUCCCAUGGUGCUCUCCAUGGCAAAUUCGGGACCCAACACCAACGGCAGCCAAUUCUUCCUCACCACGGCUGUUACAUCACACUUGGAUGGCAAACAUGUGGUAUUUGGACGAGUGGUCAAGGGAUGCGAGGUUGUUGCGGCUAUCGAGAGUGUAGGCAGCGGAAGUGGAGCCACAAGGCAAAGGGUAAUCAUUGCCGACUCUGGCGAACUGAAGACCAAAGAUACGUGAAUUUGUCCCAACUACGCACCGAUUCAAAUAAAUAAAGUCAAUAUUUACGUCCGUACGAAUUCAUUAUCAACUGUAGUAUACUGUGAAUUUCGUAGUCCUGUAGUAUUCGAAAUGUGAACAAGGGAUCCGAG